AACGGACAUGGUCAAUGACGAGUUGGAAAUUGGGUGUAGGAGGUCCAAGUAUAAAUUCUUGGCCAACCCCCUUUGCCAACAUCAGCUUUUGGGAACGCAGAUUCAUCACAUUUACACAUAUCUGAACAUCCACUGACACCACACCCACUCUCUCAUCAUUAUCGCUUGUCUGUUAACCUGCUUACAAUCCACCAUCAUAAACAAGCAUUUAAAAUUCCCGAGAUUCCCGUCAAUCCAAACUCUAUCCACGUAGCUGGGACCACUCCCCGUACCCGGAUUCCCCGAAAACUCAAUCCUGAGAAACGCCCUUGCCACCCUUCACAUAACGAAGACUUCCCACCUCCUCCUCUUCGCCACCCCCACCCUCGCCGGCGUAGCCCCAGCCACAACCGCCGAACAGUGCGGAACCCUCGGCGUAAUGGCCUACACCGCCGCAUCCCUCGACGCCGCCGUCGCCGGUGGCAGUGGCGUCGAUCCCGCACAGAUCCGCACGUGUCAAGAACACCCCCUAGGCCCGGCCCCCCGACCCGAACACGCCGUCGGACCCCGUCCGAAAGCCUCUCCCUCGACUGCUUCCGCAGACUUCGACAGCAAGGAAGGAGUCAACUCCACCGCCGUGGGCCACUGGGGCUGGGGCUGGCGGCACGGCGGCUGGGGAAACUGCUGGGACAGCGAUCCGGGCGACUACGGGUGUUCGGGCGGCUACUGCUACAAGGCGUGUGAUGGUGAUGGCAGGUGGUGCUGGACUGCGCGGAAUAGGGGGUACGGGGAUUGGAAGACGUGCAAUACGAAUUCUGAUUGUGCUAAUUUGGAUGAUGGUGGGUGCGGGAGGGGGUGUAAGUCUUGUGGCUGCGGCUGUUAGGACAGAUGGAUCCAAUGCCUGGUCGCUUUCUUUAUUGUUCGUUUCAGUACUUUAUCGUGGUCAGUGGUGUGAGAUGGGACCGGGAAUGCGUCUGAGUUUGGUGUUUGGCUUCUUGGAUUGAUGCAUCUGUGUGUAUUUAGUCUGGUAGCUGAAUUCUUAUUGAGGCGGCAUGAAGGAUCAACGCUGGGUCCCUCCUUACUAGUGAUGGGUCUGGACUUCUGAUGAGUACCUCACUUUGCAUGUG